GUCUCCACCGCGGUCCGCGCGUCCUGCCAACACUCAAGAUGGCGACGGCCGGCAGCAGCAGCAGCUGCAUUCAGGUGUUGUCUCUCUACAGGACCAUGCUGAGGGAGAGCAAGAAAUUCUCUAGCUACAGUUACAGGAACUUUGCGCUCCGGAGAAUUCGGGAAGCUUUUCAAGAAAACAAAAAUGAGACGAACCCUGAAAUUAUCCAGGAGCUGAUAGAAAAGGCUAAAAGCACCAAUGAAAUUAUUCAGCGACAGGUCCUCAUUGGCCAUUUGUACACGGCACAGAAGCUCGUCAUUGAAGGCCAGUGAAAGUGAUAAUUGGAAGGGCUCCGUCAAUCCCUGUUGGUGCCUGGCCUCCACGAUGUAGAUCUCUCUCCAGUACGGUUUGACAAAACUGUAAAAGAUUGUGGAAGCAAGGCUUGCACAACACUGUAAUCCAUGCAUUUAAUUGUACUGCAAAAUUGCAAUAACUAUUACUGCAGCAAUGGUGAAAGUCAGCUAUAUAAUUAAAAAUGCAUUUUUUAUAAUCCCCAUGCAAUGUGUAAUUUUCAAUAUUGCACAGACUAAUGUGCAGUGAAAAUGUAUGGUUAAAUAUUAGUUUUCUGCACAAUCAAUAAAAGAAUAAGAAAAACAUC